AUGAUGUCUUUUCUCGAUAAGAAAGAAGAAUUUCUUCCUCAGCUACGACGCACCGUCCUGUCUACAAGUGGAGAAGGACGGCCCGAUAUCCUAAAGGCCUGGGAAACCUUCGUGGAAGCACGGUUUCGUCCUCAUACGGUCUCCCUUGCUCCACACCGACGGCAAGAGGAGCGCGUAUGGGAUGCCGAUCUCGAGCUCACUGCCCUUGAGAUGAUGGCUGUGAAGGCCCGUCAGCAUCGUAACAAGGCUACCACGGCUUGCUCACUACCACCGGAGAUCCUUGCAUGCAUCUUCUCGUUUGUUAGCUCGGAAUGGGCACCGCACGGGAAGGCAACACUGGGUGGCGCUCAUGCGGCCAAAGUUAGAUAUUCAUUGGGAUGGAUGCAGUUGCUUCAUACAUGCACUUCCUGGCGUCAGGUUGCGCUCGGCAUGCCGGAGCUUUGGACACAUAUACGAUGUCUAGAUCUGCACCCGCGAUCACUCCCGACCUUGCUCGCUCGUUCGCGUCUACUACCACUGACGAUACAUGCUGAUGGAAACACGACCAUGCCUGACGGUGUUGCAAAUCCGUCCGUCUCACGCGGCUGGCUCACACCUUCCGUAUUCCGGCGUACAAGGAAAUUGGUCCUCGAAAACAUCCCCAAUGCUCUCCUGCAAUUGUGGAUCAACGAACUACGGCAUCCUAUGCCACAGCUUGAGGUCCUCGAGCUGACUGGUUAUGGAACGUCGGACGGUCUCGAGCCCCGCCCCGUACUUUCUUCAAGCCUCUUCGGACGAACUGUGCCAACGAAUCUAAAGAACCUCAGCCUAGUCGAUAUAGGAUUCUCAUGGAGCUCUCACAUUCUCGCCACCAACCUCAGAUCGCUCAAGCUCCAGUUCACCGACUCUCCGCUCAAUGAUCCCAUCAUCGCCAACUCCAUGCCCAACCUCCAGCAAUUCCAUCAAAUGUUAUCCUCCAUGUCUGCUCUCGAAACGCUGGAGUUGGAGGAUGUAUUUCCCAUGGCCGCACCUAUUGACGCCCAGACACUCGUGUUCCCGGAACGAUUCAACAGCUUAACCAUGUACGCAAGCAAUGACAGCGUCACGUCAUGCUUAGAUCUCUUGGAAUGCAUGGCUCUUCCCGAAUGCGCCAAAGUGACAGUCAACCUCUCGACGAGAGACGACCUUGACGAACGAGUACCAGAUCUGCUCUCUCGACUCUUCGGCCACCGCGACGACGCUACCCCACGCGAGCUGAUGAUGAGCCGAUUUUCCAUUGGCAUGCAAUACGUUGACCACCCGCAAGAGAGCAUCAUGAAGGCGCCAAUACCCAGCUCACUUGGCUCGUGGGCAUCCUACCACAUGGCAGCAGGGGGCAGAGGGUUGUCUCUCGAGCCCGUCGGUGCUUCAUUACCGCUCAGCUAUCAGAUCAACUCUCUUCCGCUCAAGGCAUUACACACCAUAACUUGCGCUCACGACACGCACCGGUCCUUGCAAAGCGCUCUUGCCUGGUCAAACUCGUUCGCCACGGCCAAAAACGUUGAAAACGUCUCGAUAACAUUCGAUGCCGCGCUCCACCUCUUCGAGGCCUUGGUCGAGACCUCAGAUGAAGGCGACUUCAUUCUGUUUCCCAACUUGACGACGAUUUAUCUUCAUGCGCCGAAGAGGCCCGGCUACAAGACACAGACAAAGAUCGCAGAGCUGCAUCUGGCGUUGGAGGUUGCGUUAUUGGAUGCAGUGCAACUCCGCAGAGAAAAGGGCGCACCGAUCAAGAGUGUGCGGCACGAGUAUGGAGUCGGCUCUCGCGAUCUUUGGGACCGAGUGAAGGAGUUCGCCGAGAUCGACUCGUUUUUUCCACCGUAA